AUGGCGACCGGUGAGAGGCGAUCCAAUCCCAGGUUGCUCAGGACGAUAUCGAUUCUGGACCAAGGCGACACACGCACGAACCGCCAUGGAGACUGUCUCAGACUGUGUACUUACAACGCGAGAACAGCGUCCACAGACGCUGACCCGCAUGCCCUUCUCGGAGCUGCAGAGCGUGUUAAAUCUCACGUGAUUGCUCUGCAGGAGACCAAGUGCAGAAGGAGCGACGUACGACAAAUGAAUGACGGUACACUCGUCAUUCGUGGAGGGAAGGUUCCGUCACGAAAUGUAGGAAGUGCUGGUUUUGUUGUGCACCCAUCUGUCGUCUAUCUUGCCGAUUCUCAUGAGAUCCUGUCACCAUGUCUGGCCAUUCUUCGCCUCCGCCCUUUGUGCCAAAAACCCAUCAGUAUCGUCAACUGCUACUCACCAACAUCAGCAGCUAAUGAAUCCGAAUUGGAUGCGUUUUACGAGAAGCUGGAGGAUGUGAUCCGCAACGAGAAGUCCUUCUACAAAUUCGUUGUCGAAGACUUCAAUGCGAAACUAGGAAAGGCUACGGAAGAAGAAUACAGGAACGGAAGAUUUGGACUAGGGGACCGGAACGAAAAUGGCAAUCGUCUCGCCGGUCUGUUAUCUGCCGCUCGCCUCUUUCAUAGGAGCUCCCUUUUCAUGAAGAAAGAUCAUCGCUGA